CUUCAUCUCGUUUGUUCAUCACUUCACAAAAAUGACAAGUAUUGACCUAAAGAACCAUGCAUCUCUCGUUCUAGUUGCCAUUCUUAUAUUAAGUGGGGACUUUGGUGCUUGCCAUGCUAGAAAAAGCCAGUCUUGGAGGCAAAGCAGAAUUCACCUGUCCAGUAUAAUGGAUAAAGGCCACAGUAGCCGCCAUAAGCGCAUUACUCCACCAGCACCUGCACCUGCACUUAAGCCUAAGCCACCAGCGCCUACGCCCAUGCCUAUUCCUGCACCACCAGCCCCAGCACAAACUCAUGAGAACUCUACGACGUUCAACGUACAAGAUUAUGGUGCCAAAGGUGAUGGACACACAGAUGAUAUGCAGGCAUUCCUCGCAGCAUGGGCAGCCGCUUGUAAAGUUGAAUCAUCGACAAUACUUGUCCCAUCCGGAUCAGUUUUUCUCCUCAGCCCAAUUUCUUUUGCAGGGCCAAAUUGUAAACCUAAAAUUACAUUUCAGUUAGAUGGCAAGAUAAUUGCACCCACAAGUGCCAAAGCUUGGGGAUCAGGUCUCUUACAAUGGAUCGAAUUCACUAAGCUUACCGAGAUAAUUAUCAAAGGGGAAGGCAUCAUUGAUGGACAAGGAGCGGUUUGGUGGAACAAUUCAUCAGUCUAUGCUGGGACAGACUCCAUAGGCCAAAACAGAACCAAUGAAUUGAAUAAAAUGAUUAGUGCGGAACUGAGUAAAAUGCCAACGACCAAGCCAACGGCACUCAGGUUCUAUGGCAGCAGUGAUGUGACAGUUACAGGCAUUACUAUACAAAAUAGCCCUCAGAUGCACCUCAAGUUUGAUUCUUGUACAAACGUUCAGGUUUUUUAUAUUAGCAUCUCAUCUCCUGGUGACAGCCCCAACACAGAUGGCAUCCACCUCCACAAUUCCCAGAAUGUGCUUAUUCACAGCUGCAACCUCGCUUGCGGUGAUGAUUGUGUUUCCAUACAAACUGGAUGCUCAAACAUAUAUAUCCAUGAUAUAAAUUGUGGACCAGGACAUGGCAUCAGCAUUGGAGGGCUAGGGAAGGACAACACGAGAGCUUGUGUCUCAAAUGUGACUGUGCGUAACACCGUAAUGCGUAACACCAUGACUGGUGUGAGAAUAAAGACAUGGCAGGGUGGCUCAGGUUCAGCAAAUAAUAUCAUGUUCUCAGACAUCCAAGUUUCCGAGGUUGAAACUCCAAUCGUGAUAGACCAAUACUAUUGCGAUAAAGAAAUAUGCAAGAAUCAAACAUCAGCUGUGGCAGUUUCAGGCAUUAAUUACGCCAACAUAAAAGGAACUUACACAGUACAACCGGUAUACUUUGCAUGCAGCGACAGCUCGCCUUGCACAGGGAUAUCUCUCGCGACCAUACAGCUAAAGCCACACCAAACAAGCCACCAUUUGUAUGGCCCUUUCUGCUGGGAGACAUAUGGAGAGUUGAAAACCUCCACGAUGCCUCUGAUUGACUGCCUGCAGAAAGGCAACCCAUCGAAUGCCCCUUCAAAGAUUGUUUUGUGCCAGGCUUAGCACAGGUAACACGCGAAAAUGCCCAUAAGGUUCCUGCAAUUCUUUAGCUGGGCUCAAUAGGUUAAGUGAAUAGCAUAGUCACUGUACAACAAUAUUAUACAUGCAAAUCAGCAUUUUUCACACAA